CUGAAAACAAAGAAUACAUAGAAUAUAAAAGCCUUAUCUUGGGCUCGUCUGACAUCGGGAUCGGAGAUGCCGAUAUAUUUCCGGGCAAGGACAGAUGACGGCGACGACUGGUACGAGAUCAAGAGCGAUGAUUCCACCACUGUUGACGACCAACAAAACCAAAUAAUGUCUCCAAUUUUCCCUCGGCCAAACCACCUCGCUCAAUCUUCUGCCGUAGCUGUGGGUUCUAGGAUAUAUGUCAUGGGGGGUUGCGAUGUCCCUGUUGAGUACACCCCAGUCCCAGAGACCUUCAAAGAUGUUUGUUACCUGGAUACUCUUUGUCCUGAAAACGGUUGGCACAAGACAUUUUCUAUGAUGAAACCAAGAGAGGCGCCUUACUCUAUAGCCUCGAAUGGAAAGAUAUGCGUGAUGGGAUCAUCUGCAAUGGUCGAGGAUGAUCCAUAUCCCUGGGCUGAGGUUUUGGAUACAGACCUGGGUGGUGGUUGGACUCCGUUGCUUGAAGAUAAACCUAUGGAUCUUUUCGUAACCGGCCAUGCAGUAUUGGAGGGUGGGAACCGAAUUCUAGUCCAUUCUGUGUUCGAUCCUUGCCUACACUAUUACGACGUUCAAGAUAAAUGUUGGGGGAUAUAUUCUAGGGAUUUUGGCGUCAACAAGAGUUCAUCAGCCUUUUUGGAUGGUGUUCUGUAUUAUGUUGAUUGGACAACGCCCGGGGUGAUAUAUGCUCUGCUUGUCUCUAAUGGUGAAACCGUCCCCAAACAAGUUAAGGGUUUGGAGGAUCUCCCCUUUGAUAGAUACAAGAAUAUGGCUAUUAUGAGGUCGUUUCAUUGUAGUGAUGGUGAUAGAUAUUCUGAUGAUUUAGAUUUUGAGUGGGUACCAGCAGAAAGACCCGAGGGUCCUUCUCCAAGCGUACGUUUGGUCUCGCACGGAAGGGAUGAGCUAGCUGUCAUCUGGACCGGCUUAGACUUCUGGAAUGUUGCCGGUGCUGUGCUUCAUGUGUAUUUCUCCAAAUUGAAGAUUUCUAAAGUGGAAAACGCAGCAGGAGUGGUUGAUGAGCUGGUGGCUCAUCCUUUAGCUCACAAGCAUUACCGUGUCAGGGCCUCUAUGUUUGUUGACUGCCUUUCAACUUGUCCAUCUGGCGAGGAUGAUAUCACAACUACAACUAGCAAAUCGAAGAAGCUGAAGAUUUAGUGGAAGAAAGACAUAAGAGUUUGCGGAAAGAUUGUUCUGUGAUUACUUUCAUCACCUAUGUUUGUGCCUAUGUUGGCUGAAUUUUAAUCGUGUUGCUAGCUCCUCAUACAAAUGAGGGAUUUUUUUAUUUUAUUUUUUUUGAUCAGGUGCAAAUGCCUUUAUUUUUCUCCUUCUUUCUUUUUGUUCUUGCUGGUUUUGAGGUCUUGGCCACCUUCCUAGCCGAUGAGCUCAGAUCUAGAGCAUCAAUUCCAUACGAAUAUGGAUACAAAAAUGAGGAACCUUGCAAACAGACAUACAUGAAUACAAAAAUGCUAACAAUAGUUUACUCUCA